UUCUAUUUUUUUAUUAUUCAGACUUUCGUAUAUGCAAUUUCACUCCCUUCAUGAUUCAUUUGGGUAGGCCAUCAUUUCUUUUAUCUUUGUGUGUCCUGUGAUAUGUUGGUGGAUAUUGUGAUUUUUUAAGAUGUUAACUUUCUCCGUACUCCCCAGGAUUUGGCAUUUUUGCCUGCACUGCUUUCUGUAACAGACUGUUAAUCGAGCAGCACCUUCAGCCUUUGCUUACCACUUUCUCUUCCUCUUUAUAAAAGUUCUUUUUUGUCCCCUGAUUUAAUUAGGGUUUAAAAGUUCUGGAUAUAAUUGUCCAACUUUAUUUUUCUUUCUUUUUAUUGUGCUUCAGGUGAAAGUUUACAGCUCAAGUUAGUUUCUCAUACGAAAAUUUAUACACACAUUGUUAUGUGAUGCUAGUUGCUAUCCCUGUGUGACUGCACAUUCCUCCUUUCCACCCCAGAUAUCCCAUGUCCAUUCAAACAACUCCUGUCUCUUCUCAUCUCACCUUGGGACAGGAACUGCCCAUUUAGUCUCAUGUUUUAUUUAUUUGAACUAAGAAGCACACUCUUCAUGAGUAUCAUUUAUGUCUUAUACUCCAGUCUAUUCUUUGUCUGAAGAGUUGGCUUUGGGAAUGUUUUUAGUUCUGAGUUAACAGAGUCCGGGGGCCAUGUAUUCUGGGGUUCCUCCACUCUCAGUCCGACCAUUAAGUCUGAUCUUUUUACUAGAAUUAGAGUUCUGCAUCCGACUUUUCUCUUGCUUCGCCAGGAACUGUCAGUUUUAUUCCCCGUCAGGGUGGUCAUUGGUGGUAUUGGGCACCAUCUAGUUCUUCCAGUCUCAGACUGAUGGAGUCUCUGGUUUAUGUGGCCUUUUCUGUCUCUUGGGCUAAUGUUUUCCUUGUGUCUUUGGUGUUCUUCAUUUCCCUUUGCUCCAAGUGGGUUGGGACCAAUUGAUGUGUCUUAGAUGGCAGUUUGCUAGCUUUUAAGACCCCAGAUGCCACUCCAAAGUGGGAUGCAGAAUAUUUUUUUAAUAAACUUUACUGUGGCGAUUGACCUGGGUGUUCCCUGAAACCAUGGUCCACAAACCCCUGUCCCUGCUACACUGUACCUUGAAGUGUUUGGUUGUGUUCAGGAAACAUUUUAGCUUUUGGUAUAGUCCAGCUGUGCUGACUUCCCCAGUAUUGUGUGUUGUCCUUCCCAUAACCUAAGAUAAUUCUUGUAUGCUACCUAGUUAGUGAUUCCCGUCUUCCUCUCUGCCCACCCUUGUAACCAUCAAAGAAUGUUUUCUUCUGUGUUUAAACCUUUUCUUGAGUUCUUAUAAUAAUGGUCUCAUACAAUAUUUGUGCUUUUGCUACUGACUGAUUUCACUCAGCAUAACACCUUCAGAUUCAUCCAUGUUAUGAGAUGUUUUGCGGAUUCAUCAUUGUUCUUCAUUGUUGUGUAGCAUUCCAUUGUGUGAACGCACUGUAAUUUGCUUAUCCAUUUGUCCGUUGAUAGGCACCUGGGUUGUUUCCAUCUUUUUGCUAUUGUGAACAGUGCUUCAGUGAACAUGGGUGUGCAUAUAUCUGCUGGUUUGACGGCUCUUAUUUCUCUAGGAUAUAUUCCAAGGAGUGGGAUUGCUGGAUCCUAUGGUAGUUCUAUUUCUACCUUUUGAAGGAAGUGCCAAAUCGAUUUCCAAAGUGGUUGUACCAUUUUACAUUCCCACUAACAGUGUAUAAGUGUCCAGUCUCUCCUCAACCUCUCCAGCAUUUAUCAUUUUGUGUUUUUUGGAUUAAUGCCAGACUUGUUGGGGUGAGAUGGUAUCUUUUUGUAGUUUUGAUUUGUAGUUCUCUAAUAGCUGAUGAUUGUGAACAUUUCCUUAUGUAUCUAUUAGCUGCCUGAAUGUCUUUUUGAUGAAGUGCCUAUUCAUAUCCUUUUGCCCAUUUUUUAAGUUGGGUCAUUUGUCUUUGUUGUUGAGGUUUCACAGUGUCUUGUAGAUCUUAGUGAUUGGACUCUGAUCAGAUAUGUCAUUGCCAAAACUUUUUUCCCCAUUUGUAGGUCGUCUUUUUACUCUUUUGGUGAAUUCUUUGGAUGAGCAUUAGUGUUUGAUUUUUAGGAGCUCCCAGUUACCUAGUUUCUCUUCUGGUGUUUGUGCAUUGUUAGUGAUGCUUUGUACUUUGUUUAUGCCAUGUAUUAAGGCUUCUAGUGAUAUCCCUAUUUUUUCUUCCAUGAUCUUUAUUGUUUUAGAUUUUAUAUUUGGAUCUUUGGUCCAUUUUGAGUUAAUUUUUGUGGAUGGUGUGAGGUAUGGGUCUUGUUUCAUUUUUUUGCAGAGGGAUAUCUAGUUAUGCCAGCACCAUUUGUUAAAGACAUUGUCUUUUCCCCAUCUGAUAGACUUUGGGCCUUUGUCAAAUAUCAGGUGCUCAUAGGUGGACGAAUUUACAUCUGAAUUCUUAGUUUUGUUUCACUGGUCUUUUUGUAUCUGUUGUUGUACCAGGACUGGGCUAUUUUCACUACUGUAGGGGUAUAAUAGGUUCUAAAACCAGAUAAUGUGAGGCCUCCCACUUUGUUCUUCUUUAGCAAUGCUUUACUUAUUCUGGGCCUCUUUCCUUUCCAUACGAAGUUGAUGAUUUGUUUCUCCGUCUCAUUAAAAAAUGUUGUAGGAAUUUGGAUCAGGAUUGCAUUGUACCUGUAGAUCACUUUGGGUAUAAUUGACAUUUUCACAAUGUUGAGUCUUCCUGUCCAUGAGCAAGGUAUGUUUUUCCACUUAUGUAGGUCUCUUUUGGUUUCUUGGAGUAGUGUCUCAUAGUAUAGGUCUUUUAAGCCUCUGGUUAGAUUUAUUCCUAAGUAUUUUAUCUUCUUGGGGGCUAUUGUAAAUGAUAUUAAUUUGGUUAUUUCCAUUUUCAAAGUCCCAUUUUUUGGUAUAGAGGAAUCCAACUGAUUUUUGUAUGUUUAUCUUGUAUCCUGACAGUUUGCUGAAAUCUUUUAUUAGUUCCAGUAGAUUUCUUGUGGGUUUUUUAGGGUUUUCUCUGUAUAAGAUCAUACCAUUUGCAAAUACGGAUGCUUUUACUUCUUAUUUACCACUAUGGAUGCCUGUUUUUCUUUUUCUUGCCUAACUGCUCUGCUAGGACCUCCAGCACAAUGUUGAAUAAGAGUGGUGAUAAAGGGCAUCUUUGUCUGGUUCCUGUUCACCAGGGGAAUGCAUUCAGAUUCCCACCAUUUAGGAUGAUGUUGGCUGUUGCCUAUGUAUAAAUGCCCUUUAUUAUGUUGAGGAAUUUUUCUUCUAUUCCUAUUUUGCUAUGAGUUUUUUUUUUUUAUCAUGAACGGUUGUUGCAGUUUGUUAAAUGCCUUUUCUCCAUCAAUUGAUAAAAUCAUGUGGUUCUUGUCUUUUGUUCUAUUUAUGUGAUGGAUUGCAUUGAUUGUUUUUCUAAUAUUGAACCAUCCCCUCAUGCGUGGUAUGAAUCCCAGUUUGUCAUGGUGAAUUAUUUUUUUGAUAUGUGGUUGAAUUCUGUUGGCUAGAAUUUUGUUGAGGAUUUUCGCGUCUAAGUUGAUGAGGGAUAUUGGCCUGUAAUUUUCUUUUUUUGUAGCGUCUUUACCUGGUUUUUGUAUCAGGGAUAUGCUGGCUUUAUAGAAUGAGUUUGGGAGUGUUCCGUCCUUUUCUGUGCUCUAAAAUACCUUUAGUAGUAGUGGUAUUAACUCUUCUCUGAAACUUUGGAGAAGAGUUAACAGGGCCAGGCCUUUUUUUGUUAUGUUUUUAAAUGAUCUUUUCAAAAAAACCAAACCCGUUGCCAUCGAGUCGAUUCUGACUCAUAGCAACCCUGUAGGACAGAGUUGAACUGCCCCAUAGAGUUUCCAAGGAGCGCCAAGUGGAUUUGAACUGCCGACCUCUUGGUUAGCAGCUGUAGCUCUUACCCACUAAGCCACCAGGGUUUCCUCCUCUGUUAUGGGUGUAUUUAAUUGUUGUACAUCUGUUUGUGUUAGUUUAGGUAGGUAGUGUUUUUGUAAUAUUUUGUCCAUUUCCUCUAGGAUUUCAAAUUUGUUGGACUGUAAUUUUUCAUAGUAGUCUGUUAUGAUUCUUUUAAUUUCAGGUGAGUCUGUUGUGAUAUCACCCAUCUCAUUUCUUCUUCAGGUUAUUUGCUUCCUCAUGAGUUUUUCUGUUGUCAUUUGGGUCAGUGGUUUGUUGAUUUUCUUUGUAUUUUCGAGGAACCAGCUUUUGAUCUUGAUAACACUUUCAAUUGUUUUUCUAGUCUCUAUUUCAUUUAAUUCUGCUCUAAGUUUAUUUCCUUACUUAUGGUACCUGAAGGUCUCUUUCUACUCUUUCGAAUUGUAGGGUUAAUGUUUUGGUUUUGGCCCUUUCUUCUCUUUGGAUGUGUGCGUUUAUUGCAGUAAACUGACUUCUCAGCACUGCUUUUGCUGUGUCCCAAAGGUUCUGGUAGGAUGUGUUUUCAUUCUCCUUUGAUUCUGUGUAUUUCUUUAUCCUGUACUUAAUUUCUUCUGUAACCCUGUAGUUUUUCAGCAGGGUAUUGUUCAAUUUCCAUGUAUUUCAUUUUUUUCCCCUUGCCUUUUCUUUUAUUGGUUUCUACACUUAUGGCUUUAUGAUCAGAAAAGAUGCCUUGUAGUAUUUUGAUGUUUUGCAUUCUAUUAAGGCUUGCUUUGUGGCCUAAAAUGUGGUCUAUCCUGGAGAAUGUUCCAUGUGCAUUGGCAAAGAAAAUACACUUGGCUGCUGUUGGGUGGAGUGUUGUUUUAGAUGUCUCUGAGAUCGGUUUGGUUGAUUGUGGCAUUUUGAUCUUCCAUGUCUUUGUUGAGCUUCUUUUUUGUCCUUUACCAAAAGUGUUGUGUUGAAAUCUCCUACUAUUAUUGUGGAGUUGUCUAUACUCUUUUCAAUGCUGUUAGAGUUUGUUUUUUGUAUUUUGGAGCCUUGUCGUUGGGUACAUAAAUAUUUGUAAUGGUUAUGUCAUCCGGGUGUAUUUACCCUUUAAUCGUUUCAUAGUGUCCUUUAUCCUUUGUGAUAGACUUUAAAGUCCAUUUUGUCAGAAAUUAAUACUGCCACUCCUGCUUUUUUUUGAUUAUUGUUUGCUUGAUGUAUUUUUUUUCUAUCCGUUGAGUUUUUUUGUGUGUUGUCUUUAAGUCUAAGGUGUUUCUCUUGUAGGCAGGAUAUAGAGGGAUUGUGGUUUUUUAUCCACUCUAUCACUCUGUCUCUUUAUUGGUGCGUGUAGUCAGUUUACAUCCAGCGUAAUUAUUGAUAGGUAUAAGUUUAGUGCUGUCAUUUUGAUGUAUUUUCCUUGGUGACAUUGACAGUUUCUUUGUUGCACUUAAUUUUCUGUACUGAAUCAUUUUUCUUUAUAUAUUUUCUUUUCAUCUUUUUCAUUUUUGUUGAUUUUGUAUUUGCUGAUUCCUUAUGUUUUUCUUGUUUUUGUUUUGAUAUGCAGGAUUGUUAGAUCCCUUUGUCAUUACCUUAAUAUUUAUCCCUGUUUUUCUAAGUAUAAACCAAUCUUUUAUUUCUUGAUGUCACCUUGACUUCCUCUCCAUAUGAAAGAUCUAUGACUACACAUUGUAGUACCUCUUUUUUGUCUUAAUGUUGUCGUCUUUUACAUGUUGAUGACCCCGUUUCCCUAUUUUCAGUGUUUUAGCUUUGAUUUAUUUUUGUGACUUCCCUAUCUGGGUUGAUACCUGGCUGCUCUGUCCUGUGUUGUAGUCUUGGGUUAUUAUCUGAUGUUGUUGAUUUUCUAACUGGAGGAUUCCUUUUAGUAUUUUUUGUAAUUUUAAUUUCAUUUUUACACAUUCCCUAAACUUCUGUUUAUCUUUAAUUGCCCUAAUUUCACCAUCAUAUUUGAGAGACAGUUUUGCUGGAUAUAUAAUUCUUGGUAGAUAAUUUUUUUCCUUCAAGAGCUUAAUAUAUGUCAUCCCAUUGCCUUCUUGCCUGCAGGGUUUCUGCUGAGUAGCCCAAACUUAGUCUUAUUGACUCUUCAAAAAAAAAAAAGAAAAUUUUUUUUUUUUUGUAGGUGACUUUUCAUUUAUACCUAGCCACUCUUAAAAUUCUCUCUUUAUCUUUGGUUUUGGCAAGUUUGAUUAUAAUAUGUCUUCAUGACUUUCUUUUGGGAUCUACCUUAUGUGGGGUUUGAUGGGCUUCUUGGAUAGAUACCUUUUCAUCUUACAUGACACCAGAGAAGUUUUCUGCCAGCAAAUCUUCAGCAGUUCUCUCUGUAUUUUCUGUUAUCCCCCCGUUCUGGUACUCUAGUCACUCGUAGUUUGUUCCUCUUUAUAGAGCCCCACAUAAUUCUCAGGAUUUCUUCAUUUUUUAAAAUUCUUUUAUCUGAUUUUUCCUCAAAUAAAUUGGUGUCAAGUGCUUUAUCUUCAGUCUUACUAAUUCUGACUUCCAUUUCCUCAAUUCUGCUCCUAUGACUGUGUAUUGAGUUGUCUAAUUCUGCCACUUUAUUGUUAGUCUUUUAGAGUUCUGUUUACUGUCUCUCUGCGAAUUCUUGCAACCUUUUAAAUUUGUCACUGUGCUCCUGUAUAGCCUUCUAAACUACUUCUAUUGCUUUGUCUGUGUUCCUUGGCUAGUUCUGUGUUUUGCCUGGACUCCUUCCUGAUCUCUUGAAGAGUACUGUAUUUUAGUCUUGAAUUCCAUCUCUGGUAAUUCCAGGAAGCUGUCUUCCUCUGGAAAGUUUAUUGGUUCUUUGUGUUGGUGGCUUUCUGAAGCUAUCAUGGUAUUCUUCUUUAUUUGAUUUGAUAUUGACUGCUGUCUCUGAGCCAUCAAUAAGUUAUUAUAUUUAUUUAUUUUAUAUUUCCUAGCUUCUUGUUUUGAUAAGCCCAAAUAAGCUGGUCUUAUGAGCCAGUUUGAUUAUUGCCUCCUCUGAAUCUCUAACACCCUGUCUCCAGGUGGUUAGAGCUAUUAUUAGGUAUGUGAGCCCAGGAGUCAGUUUACUUUUCUUGUGUGGAUUCAGGUAGUCAAUCACUAAGUGUGUGGUGCAGGCUCUCACCUACAGUUCUAGAUGGGCAGGGGUAAUUGGAGUAGGCACAGGUAUCUGGCUGCAUUAGGGGGUCAUAUGCUAAGCAACAUAGGGUCUGACUGUUGCUCCUGGGUGGAAGGUGUGUCUCUGUUUCCUAGAGUGUGUAGGUAGGUGAGUUUUUCAGCCGGACUCUGCUGUUGGCUGUAAGGACUAAGAGUCACCACUUAUUCCUAGACUACUUUCACGGGUGGCUCGGUGGAUUGGGUGGAACCGCCAGUCCCCAGGCCCCUGACGUGGGUACGUGAGGACCCUCCUUAAUGUCAUAUGUCAUGAAUCUGCCACUCUCCCUUAUAGUAUAUACAGUUGAAAGUACAUAGCCUGUUAUGCUAAUGAAGGGAUACACUGUUGAAAUGGGCCCACACAGGUGUACGCAGGGGUGAAAGGCAUUCAAAGUCCAUGGACCCCUUAUGCCUGUGCCUAGGCAAAGGAGCUAUGCCUGUCCUGAGUUCCUGGCUUAAGGGAGCCAGCAGAUUAUUUUUUCCUGUUUGUCAGUUUGUUCCCUCUCCAAAGCCAGGAGAAUGGCUCAGGAUGGAAGAUGGGUCCUCCUUCUGGCCAAGGGAGCUCAGGAAUCACUGAAGCCAGGUGGAGACCCAGAGCAGAGUAGAGAGGGGGGAGGUAAAUGGGAGAGAGGUACUUUCCAAAAGGCUUUUUUUUUUGAUCUGGGCAGUAUAAGUACUUGUACUUAUCUUUCGCUGUUUGAUUGCUUUUUCUCCCUGGUUCUGGAGGCUUGAGCACACUGUCCACAACUCAGUCUCUCUCGAAGUGGAAGAUGCAUCCCAAACACCACUGCUUUCCUCACUGUGCAUGCUGGCUGAUACACCCUGCAGUGUGCCGGCCAGUCAGGUCUGGCAAUUGCUCACUGCUUCUGAACUGCCUCUCCCUUCCUGCUGCUGCCCAGUCCGAGUCCUGAACUUUGUCUAUGAUGUUGAGGGCUCCUAGAUUGUCGUAUAUAAUUUAUUCACUUGUUUUUUCAGGUUUUUGUUUCAAGAGAGACCAUAGGAAGUGUCUUACUACUCUGCUGUUUUGGCCCCACUUCUGUCAGUGUCCAUCUUUCAGUGUCUGUUAAUCAUACCCAGGAACACUCUGUCAUCAAUCUGUGCAGCUGCAGCCACUAAGGCUAGAUAUCUUGCAGUUAACAAUCUUUCCACCAGGGCACGCAGUCCUCUCUCUCUUUUUCUCUCUCUGGUUAGUAUUUCCUCACCUGCUGUUUCUGCAACCAUGUUUACAGUGAGGAAGCCCACACCCACAAGCCCCCUGCCAUGCUGAGUGUUAACCUUCGAUUUUACCAGAGGUUUCCUUCUCUGUUCUGUGGUGUAUGCUUAUAUUUGAGCUGCCGUUUAUGGGUAGCACAGGCAGACUUUCCACUGUUUUGGAGGCAAAGGAGCUGUCACUUCCCAGAAGAUCCUUUGAGACAUUUUUGUUGUUGAUUUCAAAGCCCCAGUGGCUGUGUGGCGGUUGGGAGAACAGUCUCCAUUUAGGUGACCCAUGUCAUGGAGCCACUGCAGGAGACCUUCUGUUGGAGUUCUUAUAAGUCCUACAGCCGAGAGUUAACUGUGUGGGAAAGGAGCUGGCACGCCCCAAACAAGCCCCCAGGGAGGCUUGCCUUGUUUCUAACAGAGCCCCUUCUCCCUUAGUAUUAUGGUUGUGGGUGUAGCCUCUACUCAGAACACUUGCUUUCUAGUUCACAGUAGCCUCAGUCAGCAGUCCUCUGCACAAGGAGUAGCAGUCAGACCUGACCUGGCCCGAAUGGAGGAGAUCUGUCACGUUUGUCUUGGAGGCCAGAUGUCUCAGGUUCUCAGGGAGGCAAGUAGAGUGAUUACUAUGGGAGCAGACUCUGCUAAAGGUAGAUUUUUGUAACAACUAGCAGCGGACUGGCAGCUAAGUUACUGAGUGGGUGUUGGCCUGACACCCUCCGUUCGGACUCCUAGGAAAUCUGCCUUGUUUUUAUCAGAGCCACACCCUCCUCCCCACACCCGUAGUAUGUUGGCCAUGGGUGUAGCCUCCACUCAAAAUGCCUGCUUCCUAGAACACAACAGCCUCAGCCAGCUGUUUUCAGCAACAAUAGGAAGAAGGGAGCAGAGAGACCCAAGCUGACCCUCAGGGAGAUUGGCCUUGUUGAUUUUAGAGCACAGGCUUGGGAUUCUGUCUCUGCACGGGGCUGAUUAGACACAGGUAUGCACAUGUGUAUGAAGACAGAUGCAUGUGAGGAUCACCGAGGAACCAAAGAAUAUCCAGGCCUACCAACACACAAGGAAUCAACAACAACAAACUGUAUGGAAAUUUUGGAGUAUUCAUCAGAUAGCGGAAAAGAAGAUGACUCAGACAAUGUCUUGCUCAUUGAUUCAGAAUCCCCUCGCAAAUACCCUGUGGAUUUUGGAUCAGAUGAAAGACAGAUUAUGGAGAGACUGGUAGAGCCCUGGAUAAAAUCUACAGAGACCGUUUUGUAUACACCCCAGAAACAGACAAAUAAGUUUCCUAGGACUCCGGAAGAUUCAGCAAAGAAGAAGAAACCUAUAAGAGGUGGACUAGCAGAAAGACUAAACGAACUACAGAAUCGAGAGAGAUCUGCCAUUUCUUUUUGGAGACAUCAAUGUGUUUCUUACCAGAAGACACUUAAAGGUAGAAAAUCUGGUGUAUUGGUUGUGAAAAUUCUGGAACUGCAUGAGGAAUGCACCAUGCAAGUGGCCAUUUGUGAGCAGUUAGAGGGCCUGCAAGCCGACAGCACUUCUCUAGGCAUCGUCCCCCACCCCAGGAACCAUCUGAAGGUUCUUUUCACCAAGGAGACUGCAAGCCACCUAAAGGGGCGUCCCCAGGACAUCCUGCAUAUCUACCCUCCAUGGCAAAAGCUUAUUAUCCCAGAUGGAAGUUGCCCUGUUAUUCUGAAUACUUAUUUUUGUCAGAAAAUUACUGCCACAGAAGACUCAGAAACAACAGGGCUGGUACACUGCCAGGACCCGCCACUUCCAAGAAGGAGCAUCACUCUGGCACAAAUAUUUAGACUGAAGGGUCUAACACCAGAAAUUCAGGUUACAUGUGGAGCUGUGACCGCCAUGGAGACAGACUUAACCCAAGAGCAGGAAGAAGCCAAACAGCACUUCCCAGCCCACACUUCCCCAAGUGACUCUCUCCUGGACGUGGUGGGAAGCCAGGGAGCUGCAGCAGGGUCAGGAGCCCGGGUCCGAGUGGUGGUGCAGAGGGUUUACUUGCUUCCUGGCAAAGAUGACGCCUCGUGUGCCUCCUGCUCAGACACAGGCCCAUCCCAUGCUCGAGUCUGUCUUCUUGUGCAAGAUGCCUAUGGGCUGUUUGGUGAAGUACAGUUGGAGGGCACCAUCUUGAAAGAAAGACAGUUGGAAGGGAAGUCCUGCAGUCUAGUGGGAAUGAAGAUUCUGCAGAAGGCCACCAGAGAAAGGACAAUGGGGCUAUUUAGUUUGAUUGACACCAUAUGGCCUCCAGUAAUGCCUCUGAAAACCCCUGGCCAAAGUCAGCCCUGUGAAGAGGUACAAGCUGAUCUGCCUCCUCCUACCUUCUGUUACCUUCUCACAGCUCAUCCAAAUCUGGGACAAAUUGAUGUAAUUGAGGAAGACCCAAUUUCUAAGCUCUACCAGCCUCCAGUCUCCCACUGCUUAAAGGAGAUUCUCCAGGCUGGUGGUCUUGGCACACGCUGCACCUUCUAUGCCAGAGUGAUCUACCAAAGACUGCAGGUCAGAAGUUUCCUUUCUGUGGAGCAAAAGGAGAUCUUGCUGAUGGUGACUGAUGUCACCCUGCAGGGGAAUAAUGAGAGUCACUCUAGCCUCCCCAAAACAGUGCCCGUCUAUGUGACCUCCUCGUGUGAGCUGGGCCCAGAAGUCCUGGAAGCGCUCACUGUGGCUGCCCCUCACAGCAUCCUCUUCAGAGACGCUCUGCGAGACCAGGGUCGUAUGGUUUGUGUUGAACGAAGUGUCCUCUUGCUUCAAAAGCCCCUUUUGUGUGUGGCCUCUGGUGCUUGUGCCUCUGACCUGACCGGCCCAGUGAGGCUGGAUGAACUGGGUUCCAGAACUCAAGCAAACUCCAUUUGCAGUGUCCGAGGCACUGUGGCUGGUGUGGACGAGAGCACAGCUUUUUCAUGGCCUGCUUGUGACCGAUGUGGCAAUGGGAGAUUGGAACAGAGCCCAGAGCACAGAGAAGAAGCCUUUUACUGCGGCCAAUGCUCCCAUGUCGUCACAUCUCCUGCUCUCAGAAGGCACCUGCAGGUCUUCCUGGACUGUCCAUCCAGAUCUGGGUGCUCCGUGAAGGUCAAGCUCCUGCAGAGCAGUAUUUCCUCCCUUCUGCGGUUGGCCACCUGUGAGGAUGGGGUAAGUGCAGGCCCACCCCCUCCGGCCUAGUUGUCCAGCACUUCCAGUGCCCUUGCCCCCCUCAGGUGUGCCAUUGCUCAGCCCAGGCUGCUGACCCUGUGCGGAAAGCAGCCUUUCACACUGUCUAACUUCAUGGUGGGCAGCGUGAAUCAAGAUUAGCCCAAGGCUGAUCUCUAUGAGGUGGGGGUUAGAUGCACCUACACUCUCCAACCUUUACCAGUUCCGACAUCAGCCAUCCCUCCCAUGGCACUGUCCACUUCUGGGUUCAAUAAUCCAUUUCAAUGGCCACACAGAAUUUACAGACUAUACUUAACGGUUAAGUGCUUUAUUAAGGAACGGGGUACAACUUGGGAUCAGGAUCAACAGGCUACAACUCAGGAUCAGGAUCAGGAAACAUGUAGACAAAGUCUCCCUUCUUCAGUGCAGGACAGGUCUCUCAACCCCUCUCGAACACGCAGGCCUCCUCUCAGCCCCCUGAGGAUAGGCUCCCCUUGGCCCUGCCAUCUGUCAUCACUGACUCUACUGCAGGGCCCCUUCCAGGCCUGUUACUGUCUUCAGUGUUACAGCCCUUGACUCAUGUCACAGCUCUUUUAGGAGGUUCCUAGUCUCCUAUCUCUCUGCUUCUCUCUCUUUUUUUCCUGCUUCUUUAUGUCUGAAAAACCUCGGUGGAGCUGGCUGCUUAUAUCUACAUAACUCUAUCAAUUUCAAGGCAUGGCCCCUCCCAGCAGGGCCACAAACUGACCAAUCCCCUCUUGGUAGGCCACAGACACUUCAUUUGCAUAGUAGGCUAUAGUCACCUCAUUUGCAUAAUUCAUAGUCACUUCAUUUGCAUAGUAUAUUGACCAAUCCCUGCAAGGCGCAUACCAGUCACAGAGUAGACAGCAGCCCAGGGCCAGACAGAAAGUAUCAAACCAAGUUGUUUAUAGCUUACCCAGGAAAUGUAACAAACACCGUGGUGUAAAAAACUAGGGCAAAGGUUUAUCCCCUAGGGGAUAAAUCUCUCAAGCUGCUUUUCCAAGAAACCAAGGCAAAAGGCCACAAAAAUUGUUUCAGUACACCAAGUGCGAAGUGAAUGGGAACACAGAUAAAUCCACAGACGGAAUCUUUGAGAAUCACUAAUCUGAGCAGCUGUUCUCACGCUGAUUUCACAGGGCAUCACCUACAGAGCUUUGACUGGUGUCCCAGCCUUCUCUGUGUGAGCCCUGCCCGUCCCCACAAGCCGCUCCGCACCGUGCCCCAGUGCCCAAUGCCUUCCAGCUAAGGCCUUUGUCUCAGAGACUGCCCUGCACGCGGAACAGGUUUUAGGCCAGGCUAUAGGUUUUUUUUUUUUUUUUAAUAGGACAGGGCCUCGCAGUGUGUGGUCUAUAAACACACAUACCCUUCCCGUGUGAAAAUUUAAGUGUCAAAAAAGUCCAUGUGCUGAGAACUAUGUUCACUGCAUUUUCACCUCAUUUAAUCUCCCCAUCACCCCACUUUACUGCUGAGGACACAAAGGGCGCAGGGCUCAUAGCUGUAACCUGUGUUGGAUGAGGCCCGUAAGGGAACUCUCACUGCCACCCCCAGAGAAGUUACCACCUGGCAGAGCUGGCAGCCCGCCCAGAUGGGGGUGUGAUGAGCCUUUUACUCUGUUUUUCUGCAUGCGUUUAAGUUGAUGUGUCUAAAGGUGAUGAGGCAGCAGUACUUGCUGAUUGGUUUCUGGUGUCUUUUUACUUGGUCCUUGGGGGAGGGAGGAAGGAAAGAAGGAGGCCCUGCCAGUAAGGGAGGAAACUGCCCAAGCUGAGGGGUCAAGGUUUAAACAGGUGCCUAAGAUGACAGGUCUAGGUUGUCAGGGACCAGGCCUUUGUAAAGACUCCUGCUUCAGGCAAGGCAUGACAAAAUGAACCAGAUCCUGCCACCUAAACAAAAUGAACCAAACACACCUGGCUUACAGUUUACAAGCUGUCUUCAUGAUCUUUAUUUAGGAUUUGAGAAGUUGAAGCUCUAGAGGGUGAUGCCUUCCCUGUGGCUUCAUGGAGGUCCAGAGCUGGGCCUCCAGGAGCUGGGCUUGAUCUUCCCACUUGGCCCCAAAGGCCCCAGGAGGACAGCCUUGGGGGACUGCCGCCCCACAACUCACCUGCCGAGGGCCCCACACCCACCCAACCUCUUUAGGGCUGGGACCCAGAGACUAGGAGGAGGCCCUGGCAGAAACCUUCUCUCAUUCGCUGGGUUUCCUUCUGGCUGAGGCUGGCUUGUUCUCCCCACAGAGUUCAUUUCUCAACUAGGAUGCUUCACUAGGUAAAACCCUGUUUAUAAAGAGCUCAAAAGCACGCAUGUGUGUGCGUGUGUGAGCAUGUGUGUCCAGUCGUGGACACUCCAGUGUGUCAGGGCUGAUGCCCGUGGAGCCCCGAGGUUCACACCUUAGGAAGUCCCAGUCCUUGCCCCGGCUUGACUCGUAGCAGAUAAUCACAGCUGAGUUUUCCUGUGUAUUUUAACCUGUCCAUGUUAAUGUAAAGAAAAAAGAUUUCACCCAAAUAAAGAAUAUUCAUUACUUAAGGUCCACUCAUAGGUGAUGCAGUUAUUAUGGAAGACUGCGAAACCUGACAUUUUAACAAGAAAUGAUUAUUUGCUGACUUUUAAAAGUCAGAAUUCCGUAUUUUUACCCUAAAUGAGCAUAGGAAAGCCUGGGCCAUUUUACACACACAAACACACAAGGCUGAUGAACCUAGCUAGCUCUUCUUCUUGGGUUUUCCCAGCUCCAAAUGGUCAUCCUCCCCUAGUCUGCUCCAGUUGCCACUCUUCCUCUAGACCAGCAUACUUGAAGCUCUGUCCUGUCCAGUGCUGUUUCUUCAAUGUCUGGCCCUCUGGGCUCUUAAUGAGCUCUUAUGAAUGAGUGAGUGAAUUCCUGUUCACAUCAUGCAGGAAGCUAGGCCCCAGGGAAGGACUUUACCACACUCUAGAGUCAGAUGCCUUUAGUUCCAUCUCUAACCAAUCUUGACCAGUAAUUCUCACUCUUCCCCACCACUCCAUUAAACCACUGCCAACCUUGCUCUGCCUCUUUUUUUUUUUUUUAAACUAAGAAAGCUGGAACUUUAGCACCAUGACUCCUCACAGAUGGGAAAAGCAAAGUCCCAUGGUGAGUGGGCCUCAGGCCAGGCCCAGACUGCAGACUGACCUGAUAUUCGUUGUUCUAGAAGAACCACAUGAGCCUCGUGGCUGGCACAUGCGUUCUCACACACUUCCGUGUUCUCACACACAUCCGUGUUCUCACACACUGGCAGUCUGCACAGGGCCUGGCUAGGACAGCCCUCUCUGCUGCACUCAACACAGCUGUGGGGCUCAGGGCUGGGCUCGCUCACCCACACAUUCAGCUGCCUGUGUUGCUGUCAGCUGUGACCUUUGGGCUUUCUGGCCUGGACCCCCACACAGACCUUCCUCACAGCACAGUAUCUGGGCCCUGAAAACCGGCCAGGCAAAGCUGGAACACUUCUCUAACCAGGCUACAGACCACGCCCCCUACCCACCCCUCACUGAGCUGGUUACGGAGGCAACCAGAUAGGCCCACCGGCUGGGCUGCCUCCCCAAGCCUCUGUCUCCUUAGCUGUGAUGGAUGAAGGGCCGAAGGCCUGCUGUAGAGGCAUGUCAAGUGCCUUGUACAGAGACAGGUAAGUGGCACCACUGAUACUCCUGACAAGUGCCAGCAAGGUCGGUUUCUGGAAGAACACAUUGCCUUCAGGGCUUCCAUCUCCCAGAAUUCAGGGAUGUAGUCGGGUGGUGAUUUGUCACAAACGCUUUUGAGCCUUUCUUUAUUUUCAACCCACUCACAGAGGAAGCCGUUUUCAGUUGAGGGCAGGUCGCACCUUAUCAGCCUUGUGGGGGACACAUACUUCAGUUCCCAGUGCCCUGUGUUCCCAUCAGGAAAUGAAAUUUGCCCUAGAUUAACCAGUAACCAUAAGAUAAACCCGUUGCCGUCAAGGCAAUUCCAACUUAUAGUGACCCUACAGGACCGAGUAAAACUGCCCCACAGGGUUUCCAAGGAGCGGCUGGUGGAUUCAAACUGCCAUCGUUUUGGUUAGCAGCUGAGCUCUUAACCACUGCACCACCAGGGCUCCCAACCAUAACUCAUCAAGAAAAAGUUUUAGUCUCAAUACUACACGUACGUUAAGAGGUCUUUAGCCCACUUUAACUUGAGAAGAAGAAAUGGGAUCCUAUUAAGAAGGAAGUUGGGGGCAAAGUACCAGGAAAUCCUUUGUUGCUAGAUUGGGGAAGUGUCCCAAAGGAAGUGGGAGACAGCUGUGAGCGCUGCACCCAGCCCCAGCCUCCAGCUAGAGAACAGUCCCUUUUAUGUGUCUAUUUCCCCAAUUCCUUUCCUAGGAUAGUAGCUGGAAGAUGCUUAUCGUUACCUUCACUAACACAGCAGUAAGAGAGAUUCUAAAUUUUUCCUUAUGUAAAAACAGAAUUCAGUUAUCAGAGUAAAGCAUCCCCUCAUUUACCAUAAUGAUAGGGCUUGUAUUGCGGUUCUUCGUUUUUGUUUUUGUUUUUUCUCCUUACCAAUGUUCUCACCAUUUGAGCAGUAGAAGGUCAUGUCCUGGGGAAAAGCUCUCCUACUCUGGCUCUUUGGUGUUGUGCUGU